CACACCAAUGAGAUGGUAGCUUUCAGAUGCUUGGCUUCUUUGUAUAAUUCUGAUGUUAACUCAAAGGUCGAGUUUGAUUUGUCUCUGAGCUGUGAAUAUGUUCUUCAAUGUAUCUUGGAUGAGAUACCUUUAUCGGAACUGAAACCAGGACUAUCCAAGUGGAAUCUUCUUCCCUUUAUCAAAAGCAAGCUUCUUUGUCUACCUAAAUGCGCUUUAGAAUUGAAGCUUGAGCCAUCAUCUUGUGAGAAGGAUACUGAAGUAUUGUCUUGUAAUGAGGAAGAGACUCUGAGAAGUGGUAGCAAAGAGACUGAACUUAUGGGGAGAACAGAAGGCGGACAAUCGUUUUGUCGAGACCUUGGAGAUGGGGCUGAUGAGAUUAGUAGAUACGAUGUGUUGCUUGAAAGAAGAAAUGAGGGAUUUCAAAACGAAAGCAAUGGUCAUUUGUCAAAUCCUGGAGAGAAAAUAUACAGAUGCAUACAAUGCAAAAAAAGUGGGAUGCUGUUGUUUUGUUCUAAAGAUGGCUGCGAAGUUAUGGCUAAUCUCUAUUACGGCUAUGUCGAUAGAGAAAAGUUUUAA